AUGAGCAUUAGGAAUUUCUGGCAUAAGAGACAUUUUGCAACAGCCAGUGAACGGACACAGAGCGUGUCUGGCGGAGAAGACGACCGGCAAGAGGCGUUGGCGAGAGGAACCUUGGCCGCCGGGCAGAUGUUCCGGCGACUCGCUCUGGCGCUCAUGGCGGCGGCGGCGGCGGCUGGAGGAGCGGCCGGUGCCCAGCUGGCUCCUGCGUCCGACUGGCGCAGGCUGCCUGAGGCAGGGGCCGCUGUCGCCGCAGUAAUGUCAGAGGCUCCUCAAGAAUAUAACUCCGUCUUUCUUGUCACCGAUGGAACUUCCGUCAACAACAUCCUGGAGAGUCUCGGGCAUGUGACAGGCCUGUCUGGUGUUGCUGUCAUGGAAGUGUUGCCAGAUCAGAGGUUUAACGUCACCAUGAAACGAACGGUUACACUGACUCGCCAGAUGAGGAGGUCUUCCCGGGGCGUGACCGUGGUCGUGGCGAGCGAAGACCCCGACUUCCUCAGCGCCUUCGCCGAAAUGGCCGACGACGGUCGCCUGACCGUGUGGGAGAACAGGGUCCUCGUGGUGACGAGACUCGAGAGGCAGAAGUUCUUGGGUCUCAUGAAGGAGCUUUGGGUCCUGUCCAUGCUGAACACCAUGCUGCUGAACGUCGACAUUGACACGGAUGAUUUGAGGUAUGGUGUGUACAGCCAUUUCCCUUACGGUCCAGGUGGCGCUCAGACGGUGCGCGUUGCCACCUGGACGCCUCGGGAAGGAUUAGUACUCCUCACGCACCAUCCUCUGUUUCCAGAGAAGUACACCGACUUCCAUGGCGCGCCCAUCCCCUUGGCCCUGUGGCCCUUCGCGCCCUACUGGGAGGAGAAGAAAACUGUGGCACCAAAUGGCACUGAGUCGACGAAGAUCUCUGGCAGAGCUUUCCUCAUCCUGGACACCAUCGCCAACUACCUCAAUUUUACCAUCGGCGAAAGACUACCUUCAUCUUCUCCUACCGACCUGAUGAGCCAAUUAUUCAACCGCCAAGCCUUGGUCAGCCCCAUGAAACUGGCUCUCCUGCCCCACCUGGCUCUGCGUUACGACUACACCUUCAUGAUCGAGGAAGCCACGCUCACGUUCUGCAUGGCCAAGCCCGAGCUGAAGCCCCGAUGGCAGAACCUCUACUACCCUCUUGGCGACAGUGUCUGGGCCUCCAUCAUGGCUUUGCUUGUUAUAGUGCCGGCGACGUUUUUCUUGAUAACCAAACCCUGGAUGGACAGCGGAGCGAGGAGGAGAUUCAGCCCGGUCGUGGCGGCGCAACAGGUGCUGGGGACGCUGCUCGCCCAGAACUUCUCUCUCCGCCUCCCCUCCGCUUCCUCGACCCGCAUCCUGGUGGCCGCCUGGCUCGUGGUCGCCUUCAUCCUGGGCUCGGCCUACCGCGGCAACCUCACCGCCUUCCUCACCAUCCCCAAGCACCCCCCUCGGGUCGAGGGCCUCAGGGACCUCCUCCAAACUCCCGCUAAAGUCAUCAUGCCUCCGGACCUUCGCCUUAAUUUUUACACAACAUUCAAGGAAUCGAAUUCCAGCAUGUACAAGGAAUUUAUUGAGAGAACGUACUUUGUCGACACCUACCUGGAGGGCAUGCAGCAGGCACUCAAGAAGAAAGAAGCAUUCGUAUACGAGCGUCUCUUCACUGAACUGUUGAUCAUCAAAAACUUCACCAACGUCGACGGAUCGACACCCAUGUACGUUGUGAGGGAGAACCUCGUCCCUGGUUAUUCUGCUUGGCUCUUGCACCGCGACAUGCCCUUCAAGCGGAAUCUGGACAGGUGUAUCUUGGCUUUCCAUGAGUUUGGUCUGAUCAAGCGCUGGAGCAAGAUCACGCUGGACGGGGAGAAGCAGCGGUACCUCAAAGGGCGUCGCCAGCAGGAAAUACAGCAGAUAGAAGUCCAGGAGAAGGGAACCCGCGGCGGCGUCCUUCAGCCUCUCUCCCUCCUGCACCUUCAAGGUCCCAUCUUCCUCCUUGUGGCCGGCUUUGCUCUGGGCGCCGUCGUGUUUCUGCUGGAGGUCCUCCUGCCUUUCGUCGGGGCGGUCGGCGAGAGCUCGAGGAAGCCCUCCGCUUCGACUGGAUGAAGACGCCUAAGGUGCAUACCGUCGUGGAAUUCGAGAUGGCUUUUGUUUGAACUUUUUAUGUUUUGUACAUCACUUACGCAGACUCACCCUGGCCGCAUUUAAUAGUAAGUCUUGCAGUUAACUGUACACAUUCAUACAUACAUGCAAUGCGCACAUGCGUACAUAACCAUACAUAUAUGAUACACACACACACACACACACACACACACACACACACACACACACACACACACACACACACACACACACACACACACACACACAUAUAUAUAUAUAUAUAUAUAUAUAUAUAUAUAUAUAUAUAUAUAUAUAUAUAUAUAUAUAUAUAUAUAUGAAUGAUAUAUAUGUAUAUGAACACACAUACGCAAACCAUGUGUAGGCUGUAAAAUAUAAAACUGCGCAAAGUGGAAAUAACUGAAUAUACAGUGGAAUGCAUAGUUUAGUCACAAAAUUUGGUUAUUUCCAUAAUAUUGCUUCAUUGCUUUACUGUUUUCCUCUUUUUGUUAUUUGUCAUUCCCAUUUUCAUUAAAUUAUAU